GACAUCUGGCAGGAGCAAAGCGCUGGCUCACUUUUUGGUCAUGAUUUUAAGAUAUUCCAGAGCGUUUUGAGCAGCACUAGCUUGAGCAUCUUUACUAGUAACACCACAACCAUAGCAAACUGCCACUGGCAAGAGUUCCUUUUCUGUAAGACAUUGAUACACAUAAGAAUUAUGGCUGGAGUAAAAUCUGCUAAAAUUGCUUUACGUAAAAAAAUGAAAGACAUCAUUGCACAACUUAGUAUUGAAGAAAAACAAAGACAAUCAAGAAUAGUAUUUGAGAAGCUAUGUUCUCUACCACAGUUUCAAGAAAGCAAAAGAAUUUCUUUAUAUCUAAGUACAAAAGAUGAAAUUGAUACAAUUCAAAUAUUAAAAUAUAUACUUGACAAAAAAAAAGAAGUGUUUGUUCCUAGAUAUAAAGGAAAAGAAAUGGAAAUGAUCAAAGUACUUUCAAUGCAAGAUUAUGAAACACUACCAUUAACAAAGUGGAAUAUUAAACAACCAAAUGUCAAUGAACUUAGGGAAAAUGCAUUAGAAACGGGAAAACGUUUGGGACAUGGGAUGGGUUAUUAUGACAAAUUUUUGGAUUUAUGUAUAAAAACACAACAAAAAAAACCACAUUUAAUUGCAGUGGCAUUUAAUGAACAAUUAUGGGAAGAUAUUCCUACAUCUGAAAAUGAUGUGAUUUUGGAUCUUGUACUUACAGAAAAAUAAUUUAUCAUGAAAAAAUUUGUUUUUUAUUAAUAUUUUUAACUUAAAUAUAUUUUUUAAUAAAUAAUUUAAAUAUAAAAAUACAUUAAUUAAUGAUCUGUAUAUGAUGAAAUUUAAUACAAAAAAAUGAAUAACUUACCACUGAUAGACCUUUCUUCA